AUGGCUGCAACAUAUACAUGCAUAACCUGUUGUGUUGCAUUUAAAAAUCCAGAUAUUCAACGACUUCAUUACAAAACAGAUUGGCAUAGGUAUAAUUUGAAAAGAAAAGUUGCAGAAUUAUCUCCAGUUACAGCUGAAGAUUUUGAACAAAAAGUUCUUAAUCAGAGAGCUAUCGAUGCAGAAAAUUCUAGUAAUAAAAGUGUUUAUUGCACAAUUUGCAAAAAACAUUUUUCUACCACUAAGUCCUAUGAAAAUCACAUCAAGUCAAACAAACAUAAGGAAAGAUUAAAGAAUGAAAUCGGUGACAACAAUAUUAAAAAAGAAAUAGUCAGGCAACAGCCAAAAGUUUCAAAAGAUAACAAAAUGAAUUUUGUCAAUACUGCAGGGGAUAAUAAUGAUAAUGAUAGUAUUGAAUCUGAUAUUGAAACAGAUUCUGAAAUUGAAGAGCUAUCAUCAGAUGAAUGGAAUGAAGAAGACUUUGACAAUCCUAUAAAUAAAAAUAUUUGCUUAUUUUGUAAAAAUCAGAGUGAAAGCCUUGUCGCUAACAUAAAACACAUGUCUGAAACUCAUUCUUUCUUUUUACCCGAUCUAGAAUAUUGUGUUGAUUUAAAGGGAUUACUACUUCAUUUAGGAGCUAAAGUAUUUUACGAACAUAUUUGUUUAUGGUGCAAUGGGAAAAAUUUUAAUUCCGUUCAAGCAGUUCAAAAGCAUAUGAUAGAUAAAGGACAUACAAAUGUUUACCAUGAAGGAGAAGCAUUACUUGAAUUCACUCCCUAUUAUGAUUAUUCAUCCAGUUACCCAGAUCAAGAAGAAAAGAAUCCGGAUGAUGAAGUAGAAGUUGCAGUUUUGGAUGGUACAGGAUAUCAACUUGUUCUUCCUUCAGGUGCUGUAAUUGGUCAUAGAAGUCUUAUGAGAUAUUAUCAACAAAAUUUAAAUCCAAAAAGUGGAAUGUUGGUUAAUAGGAAAUUAAAUCAAGUUAUAAAUAAUUAUAGGCAACUCGGUUAUUCUCCUAUAAAGAAAGAAAUCGCUGAAAGGAAAGCGAGAGAUCUUAAAUUUAUGGCUAGAGUUCGACAAAAGUUUUCAGUUCAAGUUUCGUGUAAAUCGAACAAAUUACAAAAACAUUUUCGACCACAAGUUAAUUUUUAA